AUUUAUCACGAAAAAGUUAUAUAUCUCCGGAUCAGUUCCAAAGAGAAUGUGCUGUCGUUCACAACUACUACCGGUCUAAACAUAGGAGUCCUCAACUCUCAAUCUCUUCAAAAGUACAUUUAUCUGAUAGCGUUCGCGGAGGAGAGGGCCGAAGAGCUGAGACGGACCAACGUUUUUGAGCACAGAAAGGGUGGCGAUUACGGCGAGUGUUUAUUCAAGACUACAAAAUCGAGUCCUAAGAAAAUGUCUGAAUUGAAGUGUAAGACAGCGGCGAAGCACUGGUACGACGAGAUCGAGUUCUAUGACUUUGAAAGGGGUGUCGCGAAGGCCGGCCACGAGAGCGAACAGAUCGGACACUUCACUCAAAUGGUUUGGUCCGACACUCUAGAGAUCGGUUGCGCCAAAUCUUUUAGCGAUAGUACCGGCAUCACUUAUUUAGUCUGUAAUUAUUACCCGCAUGGAAAUGUUCAGGGAACUUUUCCUAAAAAUGUGCCCAAAUUACGCUCAUUUUUUAAUAAGACACUGAGUUAUUACGUAAUCGUAUACAUAGUAUUGAUUGCAUUUGGUCUCGUGGGCGCAAUCAUUGGCAUCAUUUUCGGACUCAAUCUCACGUCAACCGACUCGACAUUCAAUGAUAAAUGCAUUAAAUAUCACAACAAAUACAGAAAGAGACACUUGGAUACACCAGCUCUUUCUAUAUCCCAAGAAUUUUCGUUUCCGACUUCUCAACCGGCAAGACUCGAAGACAGCGGUACUAAUACAACGAGUGGUGUGUACGGAGUGAGCAUAUGGUACGCGCCCACCACCCAAGCCAUGGACAAAUGGAUGUACUUCACGUGUUUUGAGACAAUCCAGGCCUGGUAUAGCGAACAGGAGUAUUACAUCUAUAACUAUGCGUCGCCUGUCAUCACAUUCACCAAACACUUCACUCAAAUGGUGUGGAAGAGUACCCGAGAAGUUGGUUGUGCCAAGUCUUACAGCGCUACCAAUUUCUAUGUUGUCUGUCAUUAUUUCCCGAAGGGAAACAUCAAAGACCAGUAUAACGACAAUAUUAUGUCCAAACAGUUGUCUUUCGCUAACAAUGUGUUAAUAACCGAUACAAUCAUCAUUCAUAUGAAAAUAGGCUCCAAAGACACUCCAAACAAGUCUUCAACGGUUAGCGGAAAUCCAUUGGCAAACGGACCAAAUGUGACGGCAAGUGGUAUGAGUGGCCUCAACACCACCACAAUCGGGACAACCAGUGCUCACAUGAAAGCGAGACCAACGACAGGGGCGGCGAAUGCAGCAAAGCCUACGCCACUGCCACUCGUGGCCACAACAACGCAGCGCAACGACAACGUUACCAAAGAGGACGAAGAUUACACUAACAAAUGUCUGGCGCUUCACAACCAGUACAGAGCUCUACACCGAAACACCCCUCCAAUGAAGGCUAAUAUGACGUUGAUGAAAUCGGCCAAACACUACGCCAACCAUUGCGCGGCCCAAAACAAGAUAAAACAUUCGUAUGGGUUGGGUUUGGGCUGGAAGUAUGGCGAAAACCUGUGGGCAGCCUAUUCUUCCGGUCCUGUACUCCCUUUGUAUAAAAAGGACGUUUGUAAGGAUGCGGUGAAAACGUGGUACGGAGAGGCCAAACAUCACAAUUACAAUUACAAGACUGGUCCACUCACUGCAAAAGAUGUGGAAAAUACCGGUCACUUCACUCAAUUCAUGUGGACGGUAUCAACACAUUUGGGUUGCGCUAAGAGUGUCAACGAAAAAGGCAGAAAUUUAAUUGUCGUUUGUCAUUAUUAUGAAGCCGUAGGAUCCUACUAG